UAGGGCGGGAAAGAAAAGUAAAGGUUGAGAAGCCCUGAUUGAUUCACUAGAUCUGAUUGAGCUGGAGUAGGCGAUGGAUCUGGAUUCGUGGUUUGGAGUGGCCAGCGCUCUCGCCACGCAUCCGGUGGCCGUCGCGAUCCAGAUCCAGGGAUGCGUCAUUUACUUGGCGCUGGCGAUGGGCUGGGCAUUCGCGACGAUGAUAAGGGGGCGGGAGCUCGCGAAAAUGAAGAGGGCGCAACGAAAUGGAAAUAGUCUUGCAUUUCUCAACGUUGAUGUGGAGAGUUUCGAGCAUGGUGCUCAAGCGAUGCUACCACGCGUGACUGUGGUGAUGCCCGUCAAGGGAUUCGGCGAACACACGAUUAGAAAUUGGCGGAGCCAGCUUAUAUCGUUGUAUGGAGGCCCGCUCGAGUUUAUCAUCGUCGUCGAGAGCAUGAAAGAUCCAGCUUAUGCGGCGAUAUCAAAGUUGAUCUAUGAGCUCAAGGAUGAUGUCCUGGCAAAAGUUUUGGUAGCCGGCUUGUCCGCAACUUGCAGCCAGAAAAUUCACAACCAGCUGGCUGGAAUUUCUGCCAUGCACAAGGAGAGCAAAUACGUUCUCUUUCUGGACGACGACGUGCAGCUUCACCCCGGCACAGUCGGAGCGCUCGUUGAUAAAAUGACUCCGGAGAUUUUUGUUCUCACAGGCUAUCCGUUUGACAUACCGUCUGGAAGCCUCGGAAGCUAUUGCAUAUAUGAGUACCAUAUGCCCUGUUCAAUUGGUUUUGCGACCGGUGGAAGAACUUUCUUUUUGUGGGGCGGAUGCAUGAUGAUGCAUGCAGAAGAUUUCCGUCAAGAUCGUUAUAAUAUGGUGACAGGGCUGCGAAAUGGUGGCUAUUCCGACGACAUGACUCUUGCUGCUGUGGCCGGUGCACAUCAUCGAGUAAUCAGCUCACCUCCCGUGGCUGUGUUCUUCCAUCCACUGUCUCAAAACUUAAGCUUUUCGAGGUACUGGAACUAUUUGCGAAAGCAGACAUUUGUUCUGGAGUCCUACAACUCGCAAGUUAACUGGCUUAUGAACCGGGCAUUGUUCUUCUCGCAUUGUUGGCUGUCGUGGAGUUUCGUAGCUCCAUACGUGCUCGUGAUCGCGCAACUGGCCGUGGCAUUCAGAGCGAUGCUUUGUCCAUCUCCGGAUGCAGCUAUAUUGUACAGGACAGGUUUGUCUUCUGUCCCAUUCACUCACGGAUCACCUUUUUUAUUUUAUUUUUAUCUUCUGGCAGGACUUGUGAUGGCUGGGAUUGUAGCCAUUUGCUCCGUGAUUGAGUCACUGUCGUUGCAGCGUCUCUCGGCCGUGAUAAUAAGUCUCUGCAACGAGCUAUCUCCUGAAAAGCCGCCAGUGUCCAUCAAGACUUACAACUGGUUUAUGGUUUUUGUUGCAAUGGUCGUGGACAAUUUUCUCUAUCCCGUGUCUGCUGUCUAUUCUCACUGGUCUCAGUUCAUCGACUGGGCCGGAGUACGGUACCAUUUACGACACGGCAAAGUAUACCAGAUUGAAAGACCAUCUUUGUUAGCUGAAAGGCAGGCGUCCGUGAAGAAAACGAAAACCAAAGCCUUUCCACACAAAAAACACUUGUGGUGCCAAUAACAACGAAUACUA